AUGGUAACCAAGGAUUUGAAUGCUGAGCAAGGAAUAAUGAUGAUUUCAGCCCAAGUUAGUGCCAUCAUUCAGAACAAGAUCCCAGAAAAGCUACCUGAUCUAGGUACUUUUGUUCUUGACUUUACAAUAUUUAGUGAAAGGUUUGCUAGAUCUUUGUGUGAUCUUGGUUCUAGUGUCAAUUUAAUGCCUAGAUCAGUAGCACUCAGCCUUGGGAUGACAAAUUUCCAACCCACCAAGAUUACUCUUAUACUUGCUGACCGAUCAGUUCGCAUUCCUGAUGGUAUUCUUGAAGAUGUUCCAAUUAAGAUUGGUAACUGUUUGAUACCUAUUGAUUUUGUGGUCUUGAAGUAUGAAGAGGAGCCUAAGGAUCCUUUAAUCUUGGGAAGAUCAUUCUUAGCUACUGCUGGGGCUAUUAUUGAUGUCAAGAGAGGACAAAUUGGUCUUAAUGUUGGAGAUUUGCAGAUGCGCUUUGACAUGGAUAAGCUGGUUAAGAGGCCAACAAUAGAUGAAGCUGGUGCUCAAGAGGAAUUGGUUGGUACUUCUUCACAAGCUAAGAAAUUAUCAGAUUGGAGCCUUGAGAAAGCUCCAAAGCUUGAUCUCAAGCCACUUCCUACGGGGCUAAGGUAUGCAUUUCUAGGUGAAAAUUCUUCUUAUCCUGUUAUUGUUAAUGCUUCCUUAAACAACGCACAACUCACUUUACUGCUAAGCAAGCUGCGCAAGUUUCACAAGGCUCUUGGCUAUUCUCUUGAUGAUAUUGCAGGGAUUUCUCCAGACUUCAAAUGGGUUAGUCCAGUUCAUAUUGUUCCUAAGAAGGGUGGGGUUACAGUGGUGAAGAAUGACAAGAAUGAGCUGAUUCUGACACCGACAAUCACCGGACACCGGAUGUGCAUAGAUUACAGAAAGCUGAAUGUCGCGACACGGAAAGAUCACUUCUCGCUACCCUUCAUUGAUCAGAUGCUUGAGAGGUUAGCUAACUAUCCAUACUACUGCUUUUUGGAUGGUUACUCCGGGUUUUUCCAGAUUCUGAUUCACCUCGAUGACCAGGAGAAGACGACUUUCACUUGUCCAUAUGGUACUUUUGCAUACCGCAGAAUGCCUUUUGGUCUUUGUAAUACUCCUGCGACAUUUCAGAGAUGUAUGAUGUCCAUCUUUACAGACAUGAUUGAAGAUUACAUGGAGAUUUUCAUGGAUGAUUUUUCUGUUUAUGGGUCUUCAUUCAAGAGCUGUUUGGAUAAUCUCUGCAAAGUAUUAGCAAGAUGUGAAGAGAAGCACUUAGUUCUUAAUUGGGAGAAGUGCCAUUUUAUGGUUAGAGAUGGUAUAGUGCUUAGUCACAGGGUUUUAGAAGCUGGGUUCUACAGACGCUUCAUCAAGGAUUUCAGUAAGAUAGCUAGACUACUUUCAACUCUAUUAUGCAAGGAUGUCAAGUUUGAGUUCACUGAUGAAUGUCGUUUAGCUUUUGAACGGAUUAAGCAAGAGUAA